AGCUGUCUCCUGGGGCUGGCGGCGCGCACACAGAGGGGGUAACACCUUCCCCUCAGGCGGGGCGGGAGGAGCCUUGCCCUGGCGACAUGGAGGCCAGAGGCAGCUCGGCUGCAAAGGAGGGGCGAGCCCCAUCUGUGCCCAGACCAUCACUGGUCCCGCAGGACCCUGCAUGUCUAGACUCAAUAACGUCCCUAGAGGCCAGAAGGGGAAGUUUGUAUGAAGACUGGCUCAUAAGGGUUUACUGUCCAGGAUCCCAACGCAUGUAUGAUGUGCAAGCUCCAGAACAGCCUGUCCAGGGAAUCUCACCAUCAGUGUCCGAGAAGAUCAGAACAAUAAGCACUCUGUGCAAAAGAAAAUCUUCAAAAGAUUGGCUAAUGCAGGAACCCUCAACUCCUUUACAGAGGGUCACCUCUUCCUUGGCUAGGAGCAGAUCCCCAAGCACUUUUGGCAGAAGUGCUUCUGAAAGGAAAAAAGCUUGUGAAGAAUGGCUAACACAGAAGCGGUUUUCUCAAGUGCAGGCAAUAACUAAUGAAGGCCAAGAUAUUAUUGCUGCUACCCAGUCCAUCUUGGACAGAGAAAAUUAUUUUGUAAAGGAGGUGGACAAGUAUUUGAGACACAGAGAUUUCUUAGAGCUGAGAAAGAAGGAGAUCCAGUACAAGAAAUGGCUGGAGUGUGUUUCAGAGCCGCUGCUGCAGAAAAUUGAGGACAAAGUUGACAGCCAGUCAAGUGAAGAAAUAGAGGAAAGGAAACGAAAGCAGCUCGCUCUAUAUUUAAACUACUGUAAUAAGAAGGGUAAGGUGGCAUUGGAAGAUUAUGAUUCUUCAGAGUACGACCCUCUCUUCCUGAAUACACAUCCCACCUAUCUGAAGGUGUCAACUCCACCUUUACACGAUCCACUGUUAAAAGAGGUACAAGGAAGAUUUCUUGAGGGUGGGCUUAUCCAGCAAUGUGAGACAGGAAGGAUAUACUCGGCCAAAGAAAUGAACGACCUAUAUAAGGCAAAGUUGCCAUUGCUUCCUUUAGGCCGGCAAAAUAUGGAUGCAGCUGAAUGGCUGAAAAUACCCCCAGGAUACAUAGAAAGUGAGAUUCGGCAAAGGAAGAGGCGAAGGGUGAAGAGAAGCCGUAACGCUGGCACCCUGGACUUCAAGGCCUGGGCUGACAGCACAUGUCCUCCCAUCCUUUGAAAAGAGGAGAUGUAUAUCUACUAGAAAGUUAGAUUUGGGAUGUGCACCCAGGACCUUCUGCCAAAGCAACUGACCACUUGCCAGUCAUCUUGACAAAAUGCAAUAAAACCGGCUUGCUAACCAUUCCUUUCUGAAGUGCCAAUUGCAUAACAGUACAAUACCUAAAGAAAUGCAAAGUACUCUGUGCUACAUGGAUUUCCAGCCCCAGUAACAAUACUGUACAGACUAAAAAUCUGAGAAAGUUAAAAUGGCAGGAGCUUCAUUUAAAAAUGUCACUGCACAGAGACAGAUGACAGUGCUAAAACACUGAAGUUUAUUGCAAUGCUGUGAAAUGUUUGUAUUGAAAAGAGAAAUAAAUCACCGACAUUUUCCCUACCUUCCCAGCCACUAUAUAGCCUUCUUAACAAUCCCAGAGACUGCCUAACUAAACAGACAACAAGCAAGACCAGAAAAGGACAUUUCUAGAAUCUGCACAUUCCUACAUAAGGUGCUCUAUUACGACUCCAGGUCUGAUUUACUUCAGAUAUCAAAAAGUGCAGUGAAAACAUGUUAGGGAAAGCAGGUCCCUGGGUUGUCCUUUCCAUGACCUUGAAGGAUUCACUGGCUAGUUCCAGAUCUUGUUUAUUUUCCAGUAGGCUAGAACUCUGAGGAUGGGGCACCUUGAGAAUCUCAAAAACAAAUCCUUUGUCUGAACAACGAGCAAAUCAAAGUGCCCCUGGCCAGCCAACCUCAGUUUGAUGGAGGAAAGUAAGUGUAGCUUCUAUAGAAGUUAAACAACAUUCUCAAGCAACUGUUUGAGCUGGUAUUUACUUCACUGUCAAAACUUUGUACGUGAAAAUAAACAUAUGCCUGUGAAGUAUAAAAUAAAAGUUUGCUUACUAAUAUCAUGCCACAUUUGAAUGACUUUCUGCUGGAGACUUAUAAGGUGCACAAACUGAGAUGACUUAACACCAAUGGUCAUAGAAAGAUUGAGUUACCCCAACCAGGCAUGGAAGUAGAAGGCACAUCUUCCUCGAAGACCAGUACUAACCAUUCCAGCUAUAUUAACUUCUGCCAAUAUUCUACAGAUUGAAUAGUUUCAAUACCUUUAAAAUAUUGGGCCAUUACCCCUGUCUCACUAGGGGUAGGCUGCGAUUAAAUACAAAAUGCAAAGGUUUGGCAAUCACACCUUAUUGUCUCACAACAAAAUGCCGUCCCCUUCAGAUGUAUAAAACAAACAUGAUUCCCAUCAAUUAGAUAGACACAAUCUCUCAAAAGCUGCCAAGAUUUUUUUUUUUUAUUUAGGACUAGAAAAAUUGGACCACAGAAAACUGUUAAAAGUAACAGAGGGUCUGACUUAAGUCCAGCAAAGAAAGGGCCUUCAGGCUGGUAAUCAGGUUUGAAACUCUGUUAGGCAUUAUUAGGUAUUGUAGCACCUGUGGGAUACAAAUUCACUCAUUGUCUGGAACUGAAUGCAAUGCUUAAAUGUCCACAAGGCAAAUUCAGGAUGCAAUAACAUGGUUACUAUUUGUCAAACACUUUGAAAAACAAAUCCCCUUUUACCAUUCCUGAUUUUCAUGUGGGGAGGAAGAUUUUGCUUGCAACAAAUUUCAGUUCUACAAACCCCUACUGCACUAGCAGUUCCUAUACCAAACAAAAUUUAUAUUUUAAUAGUCUUUCCUUGAAUUUAGUCCUUGUAAGUUAUUUCCCAUUAUUUCUCAUUCACCUGUACAAUAAAAUAUAUUUUUAAAAAAUCAA